AUGGAUUCCGGGGACGACUCGGGCUCGGACCCGCCACUUGGAUCCACAUUCUCCUCGGUGCCCAAUUUAGACUCUGACAUCAAUAACAAGAGGCUUAUCUAUGAGAACGGUGGACAGAGGAAUGUCAACAUAGAAACUGCAGUGCUGCGUGGGGCAAGCGACCCGAGCGCGUAUCCCUUAUCGGACUACCGGGGACUCGUCCGCCAGAGGUUCAUUCGCAGAAGUUUGUGGUUUUCGGACGCGGACGACCAAGCGUUGGACGCGCCAGAAUGCGGGAACAGCACUCCAGUGCUCAGCGUCCACCUGCGCACCAUCGUAGACCGAACCCGAACCCUCGCGAUCGGACCACGCGUGGCUUUCCAGGUCCAGGAGAGCUCGAGCACCGAGAGCCAAGUGGGGCAGAAGGACAGCGCAACUGAAAGCGUGAGCGCGGAUGAGGAGAAGGAGAGGAGCGAGGCCGAGCCAAAACUAGAUGAUGCAGCUGUACCGUCGCCUGAUACCACUGGGAAAGCUGGGAGUGAUGAAAACGAGGAUGAGAACGAGAUGAAAGCCGUGUCCACCUCACCCGGGGGCCGGUUUCUCAAGUUCGAUACUGAGCUCGGGAGAGGGUCUUUCAAGACUGUCUACAAAGGUCUGGACACAGACACCUGGGACCGUAAACUGACUAAAGCGGAGCGUCAGAGGUUUAAGGAGGAGGCAGAGAUGUUGAAGGGUCUCCAGCACCCCAACAUUGUGCGUUUCUAUGACUUCUGGGAGUCACCGGUCAAAGGGAAGAAGUGCAUCGUUCUUGUGACAGAGCUCAUGACCUCAGGGACACUAAAAACGUAUCUGAAGCGUUUUAAGGUGAUGAAGCCCAAGGUUCUGAGGAGCUGGUGUCGACAGAUCCUGAAGGGCCUCCACUUCCUCCACACCAGGACCCCUCCCAUCAUCCACAGGGACCUGAAGUGUGACAACAUCUUCAUCACGGGCCCCACCGGCUCCGUCAAGAUAGGAGACCUGGGAUUGGCUACGCUGAAGAGGGCCUCCUUCGCCAAGAGUGUCAUCGGCACCCCAGAGUUCAUGGCCCCUGAGAUGUAUGAGGAGCACUAUGAUGAGGCGGUGGACGUCUAUGCCUUCGGGAUGUGUAUGUUGGAGAUGGCCACCUCAGAAUACCCCUACUCCGAGUGCCAGAACGCUGCUCAGAUCUACCGCAAAGUCACCGGCGGGGUGAAGCCUGCCAGCUAUGAUAAGAUCAGUGACCCAGAGAUUAAGGAGAUCAUCGGGGAGUGUAUCUGCCAUCGGAGGGAAGAGAGGUACACAAUAAAGGACCUCUUGAACCAUGCCUUCUUUGCGGAGGACACAGGCGUGAGGGUGGAGCUGGCCGAGGAGGAUGAUGGGAAAAAGAGUUCCAUCGCCCUCAAGGUGUGGGUGGAGGACCCUAAGAAGCUGAAGGGGAAGUACAAGGACAGCGGGGCCAUCGAGUUCACCUUUGACCUGGAGAAAGAGACCCCAGAGGGCGUGGCCCAGGAGAUGGUGGAGUCAGGCUUCUUCCUGGACAGCGAUGUGAAGAUAGUAGGAAAGUCCAUCAAGGACCGAGUGGCUCUCAUCAAAUGGAGGAGGGAUCGGACCGUUCCUGCAGUCGAGACCCAGACCCAGAACCUGCUACAGUUGCCCAGCAUGGGGUUACCACCACAGGGGGCACCACUGGCCCCAGCAGAGUCUGAGGAGGAAGAGGGUGACCAGCCCCUUACCCUGCUCUGCAGCCUGCCGGCCCCAUACAGUCAGCACAGUGCCCCCUACCAGUCCCUCCCAGAGCCCAUAUCUACACCCCAGGUCUACAGCUCACCUGUGCAGUACCAGGCCCAGCUGCACCAGGCGUCCUACCAGCAGCCCGCAACACAGCCUCCGCAGGUGGCCUACUCCCAAGCUACUACCACACAGUUUCAUCAGGGGGCCUACCAGCAACAUACAGCACAGCUGCACCAGGGGGCCUACCAGUCUCCACCUCCCAGUACAGGAUUGAUCCAGUCCCAGGCUCAGCAUAUCUCUGCUCCAGCCACCCCAGGGCCUACAGUACAUGAGAGCAGACCAGCUGCAACACAGAGCUUCCCAGCUGCUGCCCAUGUCCCCACUGGACAGGCACAGGCACAGCUUACUGCUACUGCCCAGCCCAACCAGAAGUUGUCUACCAGUCAGCCUCUACCUGAGCAGUGCUCUGACAUCACCACCAGUCUUGUCCAAUCUGCUGCCUCCCUGGUCAGCAGUGCUCCUCCUCCUCUACAGCAGCCUGCCCAGGCCACACCCCCUCUCCAGCCACUACAGAUCAAGACACAGAUCCAGACUGGUGCCCCUCAGGACCCCCAGGGAGAGGCUCCGGUGUCAGCACUGGCCCCACUCCACCCCGUCCAGCCUGCCGUCCUGUCCCCUCCCUGGAGGGGGGAUGUGGUUGACACCGACCCUGCUGGUGCAGCCGGGUCUGAUCAGACACUCCCUGAGAGCCCAGCCCCGGCCCCACCCCUGGCGCCGGCCUCGGCUCUGGCUGCAGCCUUGCAGCAGGCUGGCACCCAGAAAGGUGCCAACCUGCCCACGACUCAGCAGAACCUGGACACUGCAUCCAUAUCUAUCGUUUCCCAACCUGAGGCCAGCCAAGAGGAGCCAGUGCAAGAAAAACCCAUGGCGUUUCACAGUUAUGCCGGCUAUGACAGCUUCAACUCAGAUGUGGCGUCAGGUAAGGAGAUGAGUGAUGGCUACGAUGGCUCGGCCAGCAGCGGGAAGGGGGAUGGGAAGCCACGGAAACACCACCGCAAGUCGACCCGCACGCGCUCACGCCAAGAGAAGACCAACAAGCCCAAACUGAGCAUGCUCAAUGUGAGCAACAUGGGCGAUAAGAUGGUGGAGUGCCAGCUGGAGACCCACAACCACAAAAUGGUAACCUUCAAGUUUGACCUGGACGGAGAUGCUCCAGAAGAAAUCGCUAUUUACAUGGCAGAGAAUUUCUUCAUCCUACCCAUAGAGAAGGAGAUGUUCAUUGACCAGUUGAAGGACAUCGUGGACAGGGCUGAGGACAUGCUGAGCGAGGACAUGGAGGGAGAGACGGACUCCGCUUUGGGGGGCAGUCCCCAACUGGGACACACCUCUUGGGGGCCGGGGGGAGAGAGUCAGCAGCCUGGAGCACCCCAGCCUGUUUAUCAGCAGAAUGUGCUCCACACAGGGAAGCGAUGGUUCAUCAUCUGCCCAGUGGAGGAGACUCCCACCUCCAACCAGGAUGGGACUGCAAACAUGUCUGCCGAUGGGACUACAACUACUCAACAUGAUGGGACUACAACUACUCAACAUGAUGGGACUGCUCAGCCUGAUGGAAGUGCGGUGCCAGGCAAGUCUGCCGAUGGUGGCACUGCAGGGACUGCUUCAGGCAGAGUAUCAGCGUCCUCCUCCAUAGCUAACUCUGUGUCUGGGGGGAGUGGAGGCUUCAACUACGAGGGCUAUGGCCUCUGUAGCCCUCCCAUCCUGUCCUCCACAGACCCUCUCCUCCUGGCUAUGUCCCAUGUCUCAGCUCCCUCUGGCCCCCCAUCUGUCCACCCAGGCCAUCCUCUAGAGGGCCAGGCCUACAGCUCUACCCUGCCCAGGCAGCAUCACACCCAGUCAGCCUUGGCUCUGCCAGCGGCCCCCUCUGGAGGUCUUCGUAGCUCCGUGCCUGGAGAGGAGCACCAGAGGGGAGGGCGUCUUGGUGCCAUCUCCCCCAUCCAUGCCGUCCAGCAGAUGGCGGAGAUGGCAUGUGCUGCCUCCAUGGUGGAGGAGGUGCCCUGCUGCCCACUGGCCAUGCCAAUGUCCCUGGAUGUGAGUGGUGGAGCCCAGGGGAACGCAGCUCCUCUCACCCCUCUGCCCUCCCAGGACCCUUCUACCUCCUCGGCCAGAGAGUCCCUCCAACUCUCCUACCCCUCCGUUGCCCGCCCUGACCGCUCCCAGCCGCCUGUGGUGCUCCAGCAGCCCUUCUCCAUGGGUGGAGCAAAGGCCCCCUCGCUGCCCCAGAGCCCUGCCCCCCACCAGCACACAGCAGGGGGGCCCAGUGAGUCGGAUGGGGAGGGGCGAGGGGUGGGGGGCCGAGGGGGCUUUGUGGACAGCACCAUCAAGACUCUGGACGAGAAGCUGAGGAACCUGCUGUACCAGGAGUACGCCCCCAUGUAUCCAUCAGGCAGUGCUGCGGAGACGCCAGGCUCGGGGACGGAGUACGUCCAAUCCCCUCCUGGGCCAGACAGCGCCACCUUGGGUUCAGGAAGCAGCACCCCGCGACCUAUUGGGGAGGGGCGCUACCGGACAGGGGAACAGCUGCCUCAGAUUCCAGAGAGGAUGGACAGUUUGAGCACUUUGAGUGAUUCUGCGGUGUGUGCUCCCAUGUCUAGGAGACAAAACAUACCACACUCUACCUCCUGCUCUGGCUCUGGAUCCAGAGGCCAGUUUAAGAUGAUCACAGGCCUUCCUGAUGUGGUGACGCCUGGAGAGCGGAAGCAGAGGAGUUGGAGCAGCACUGCUUCCCCGGCGCACCCUGCUGGCCAUCUCUCAGACCACCACAGCGCUGCUUCCCCGGCGCACCCUGCUGGCAAUCUCUCAGACCACCACAGCGCUGCUUCCCCGGCGCACCCUGCUGGCCAUCUCUCAGACCACCACAGCGGUGCCCAGGCCGCCUCCACCAUUAUCGGACGUUUCUUAGUUGUCAGCACCGAGGAUGACGUCACCCUGAGGACCUGUGGCAGCCGCUAUUCCGCCCCGCCAGACUUCUACCUUGAUACACCCCCCGCCAUUGCCAAACGGGGGUCAUUGCCACACGCCUCCACAUCCACCUCCAUGUCUGUUGAUGUUACAGUCCACGCUCACGCGCGCUUCCUGUCCUCGGACUCGGGGGCGGAGAGUAGUCCGGCCAAGCUGGCCCCGGCCACGCCCUCACGCCACGGUCGCUCAGGGGAGCGUAGAGGAAGUGACCUCAUGAAGAGAGCGGUGGCUUUCCUGCGCCGUUCAGGCCGUAGUAGUAGUGUGCAGAGCUCUGAUUCGCUGAGCCGGCAGGGGGGCGUGCAUGGCUCGGCCUAUGUCAGCAGUGAUAAUGACUCUGAGAUAGAGGACUCGGAUAUGAAGAGAGAGCUGACCAGACUCAGGGAGAAACAUUUAAAGGAGCUCUCGGAGCUGCAGGCCCACCACAGAGGGGAGAUAGAGCUGCUGUACCGCAGGCUGGGUAAAGCCACCUCACCCCCCCUGGGUCUCUCUCACACAGUUCCCCCCAAGCGGAGGAUCAAGCACAAGCACAAACUGAAGGCUGGAAAACUCCUCAGUCCUCUGGUACAACAGCUGAGGCAUGUCACCACCAAAACCAGCGACUCUGGCAAAACCAGUGAGCCUACAGUCAGUCUGAACGGGUCUCCAGCCAAAGCUCCAGUACAGUCGGACAGAAGAGCCCGUUCAGGUACCAGUCACUUGGAUACCUUCACCUCCACCUCUGAACCCGUCCAGACCAAGCAGCCCUGCUCCCUUAAGGGUUCCCUCUCUUCAGACAACAUCUACGCUGGAGCUGGACUACAUGCAGAGAGGACAGGACCACAAGCUUCACCAGGCCAAGGCUGGCCGUCUAACCCUCCACCGCCAGAGAGAGUGACCUAUAAAUCCAGUAGCAAACCACGCGCUAGAUUCCUCAGUGGGCCUGUGUCUCUGUCUAUCUGGUCAACUCUGAAACGACUCUGCCUUGGAAAAGAGCGUGGAAGGGGGACUGGAGCAGGCCCAGGCCAAGGUGCAUCCACCCAGCUGCCCCAACAACAGACAGACAGCUCUACCCCUCAUCCCCACCAGCCAGUAGCAGGGUUGGCCCAAGCCCAGGCCAACAACAGCAACAACAAGACAGGCACCUACACCGGCACCUACAUGGGUUCCUACACAGAGUCCUUCACAGACUCCCUUCACAGGAUAGUGGAUGAUUGGACCAUGGAGGCCCUGGGUGUUGCCCGGCGCCCGCGGACCAGCUCCCUCAGCCUCAGUGGGCAACCACUUUGGAACGAGGACCCUGGGGGGCCCAGAACAAGAGACAGACUGUUCAGCGCUCCAGAUGCACCUGCCAGGACAGCCCCUGGCUCUGAAGGCCCCCAGCUCCCCCUGUCAUGGCCGAUGAUUGAGAACCAGGCCCUGGGCUCAGUGAUGAAGACCAGCUCCCCGAGACAGGCAGGGUUCCAUCCUGGCUACGUGCUGGCCCAUUCAGGCACAGACCUGUUUGGGGGGCUGCUGCUCUCGCCCCUCUCGCCCCUCUGUGUAAGCCUUUGGCCUGAGCUGCUGUCCCCCUUGGGUUCAGGGGUGUUUGCUUUACCUGCAGUGUCCCCAACCUGGGCACCACCCCCCCGGUCCACCCUACGAACCACCCGACCCCAAACCCAGAAACCUCUAACCGCUAUAGCACCAUGUCUUCCAACUAUGUUUCCAAAAUGAGUCAUAUGUAGUUAGAGCUCUAGUCUUCCCUUACCACAAUGUAAACUGUUUCUAUUUAACCAGCAUCUAUCUAUUUAAUAAGUAUUUGUAUACACACUGAGUGUACAAAACAUUAAGAACUCCUUCCUACUAUUGAGUUGCCCCCCACCUUUUGCCCUCAGAACAGCCUCAAAUCGUUGGGGCAUGGACUCUACAAAGUGUCGAAAGCGUUCCACAGGGAUGCUGGCACAUGUUGACAGGGAUACUGGCCCAUGUUGGCCCAUGUUGACACAGUUGUGUCAAGUUGGCUGGAUGUCCUUUGGGUGGUGGACCAUUCUUGAUAAACACAGAAAACUGUUGAGCGUGAAAAACCUAGUAGCGUUGCAGUUCUUGACAUAGACCUGUGCGCCUGGCAAAUACUACCAUAUCCCAUUCAAAGGCACUUAAAUCUUUUGUCUUUCCCAUUCACCCUCUGAAUGGCACACAUACACAAUCCAUGUCUCAAUUGUCUCAAGGCUUAACAAUAUUUUUUAACCUGUCUCUUCCUCUUCAUCUACACUGAUUGAAGUGGAUUUAACAAGUGACAUCAAUAAGGGAUCAUAACUUUCACCUGGAUUCACCUGGUCAGUCUAUGUCAUGGAAAGAACAUGGAACGUUCUGAAUGUAUUGUGCACUCAGCGUAUGCUGUUAUCAAUGUGUGUGACAUUAUCAACCUCAAUUGACAUACCUCAUAUUUAUGUACAUAAGGGACGUAUGUCUAUCUUAUCACCUGUGUGAAUGUGCUGUAGUGUACAUAAAUAAGGUGUAUGUGCAUAAUCCAUUCGUUUGUUUGUGUAUAAAGCGUUUGUGUAUUUACAUGA